AUGCCAUCGUCCGACCCACCAAAUCAGCAGCGAAAUAUAACAAACUGGCCAAAAUUCGCAGUUGAUCUGCAUUUUGCCAUCCCAAGUCCGAACCUAAUCAUCAACACAACAUCGGAACUCAAUCAAGAGAUCGAGAACUUUACCACUACUGUCCAGGACGCCAUGUCCAAAAACACAUCUAUCCUCGACAAACAACCAAAUCAUACCAGACAAUAUCCAGCGGUAAAUCACAAUAAAGUGAAGACUACGGAUGGCAUGACAAAACACCCGGAACCCAGAAUCAAAACACAGAUUCAAUAA